AGAAAAUACAACCUAAACCUUGGUUUAAUCAAAACUUAAUUUUAGCCUGUCUGAUAAGAGAUAAAAGAUAACAACAGAUGACUGCUGAAGCAGAUUAUAUGCUGCAUGAUGAGAACAUUAUCGCCCAAAUGGACCAGAUUACCAAGGAUAUCGCCUGUAAAUCACCUCUUGUAAGUGAACCUGAACCAGUGGAGAACCUGAAGCCGGAAUACGUUCAGAACGAGGGGUUCCUAGCUAAAAUAGAGUACCUAUCUAAGAGCUACACUAAUAUCCGGAGAGUACGAGGAGAUGGUAACUGUUUUUACCGCGCCUACACUUACACUCUGUUUGAUAGCUGCCAGAAAGAUCCUGCUCUGAAGGAAAAGGUAUACAAAAAGCUGGACACCACAUUAGCAUGGUUGGUAAAGUUAGGGAUGCCAAGUUUUACUACUGAGGACUUUCACGAUACUUUUGUUGAGACGCUGAAAAACCACUGUGAUAGUGGAACCUACGAGUCUUUGAUGGAGACGUUUAACAACGAAGGAAUGUCUAACUACUUAGUGGUGUACGUGCGUCUGCUUACUUCCGGACAACUUCAACAGGACUCAGACGAGUACCUUCCCUUCGUUGAGGGACUUUACAAAGAUAUGAAGGAGUUCUGUGACAAAGAAGUAAUGCCAGUCGACAGAGAAGCGGAUCACCUACAGAUAAAAGCCCUGACUGACUGCCUGAGUUUUCCUCUGAAGCUGGUGUAUGUGGACAGGUCAGAGGGAAGCCCUUCAGAGCUGAUUAUCCCUGACGGCUCUAACCCUACUGUCUUUCUACUCUAUAGACCUGGUCACUAUGAUAUACUCUACGGUUGAUCUCCAGAGCUUGUUGGCAUUCGUGAAGUUCAUCACAGAUCAGAGAUCUGCACCACGUGAUGCCCAUAUAAGGAGUUUUCUGUGACAAUUGUCAGUAGCGGAUGAAGAGAGGUUCUCCUGAACAUUGACACGGUUAUUAUUUGAGGUGUAGAGGCAGGUUUUUAUGUGCAUAUAAUUGUAUUAAUAUUGCAGCUCUUUACAUAUCUCGGUUUCACUAGAUUUGUUCCACCUUUACACUUACAGCUUGUUAACUUCUUUUGGAUUGGUUACGGGAAUAAGUAUCGUAUUUAUCUGUUGUUAUCUUUAGUAAUCUGUAUUCCAUCAGUUCUCGGACCCUAGGUGUAAAUUCUUCUGAUUGUUUGAUUUAUUGAGGGAAUAUUAAACCAACGGGUUGGUAAUGGGAAAUACGAACGGGUUUUAUCAUUCCAGAUUAAUGAUCCUUGUAAUAAGUAAUUAUCUACGAUAAGAAUUAACCGCUUGAUUUGCGAUUUGAAA